AUGUUGCUUACACUAUUAAAAUCUCUCCUCGUGAUAUUCGUGACCUUGAUACUGAGAGUCCUAUACGAUACCAUAUCGUGCUACUGGAUCACACCUAGACGAAUCAAGAAGGUCUUGGAACGGCAAGGCGUAACCGGUCCUAAACCGCGUCCGCUAACCGGAAACAUCCUUGAAAUCUCGGCCAUGGUUUCAAAAUCCGUUUCUAAGGAUUGUGAUUCUAUUCACCAUGACAUCGUCGGUCGCCUUCUUCCGCAUUACGUAGCUUGGUCCAAACAAUACGGGAAGAGAUUUAUAGUGUGGAACGGGACAGAUCCUAGACUUUGUUUAACGGAAACAGAAUUGAUCAAGGAGUUACUGAUGAAGCACAACGGCGUAAGUGGAAGAUCGUGGCUACAACAACAAGGGACUAAGAACUUCAUUGGUCGUGGUCUCCUUAUGGCUAAUGGCCAAGAUUGGCACCACCAACGCCACCUCGCUGCACCGGCAUUCACCGGAGAAAGACUCAAGGGCUACGCAAGGCACAUGGUGGAGUGCACGAGCAGGCUAGUAGAGAGGCUGAGGAAAGAGGUUGGAGAAGGAGGAGAGGUGGAGAUAGGGGAGGAGAUGCAUCAGCUCACUGCGGAUAUUAUAUCGAGAACGGAGUUUGGAAGUAGCUUUGAGAAAGGCAAAGAGCUUUUUAAUCACCUUACCGUUCUUCAACGCCGUUGCGCUCAAGCCACUCGCCACCUCUGUUUUCCCGGUAGCCGGUUUCUUCCAAGCAAAUACAACAGAGAGAUAAAAUCUCUAAAGAAGGAAGUGGAACGUUUGUUGAUAGAGAUCAUACAAAGCCGACGAGAUUGCGCUGAGAUGGGUCGGAGCAGUACUCACGGCGACGACCUUCUUGGUCUUCUCUUGAACGAAAUGGAUAGCCAAAAGAACAACAAUAACGAUAACAACAAUCUUCAGUUGAUAAUGGAUGAAUGUAAGACGUUCUUCUUUGCUGGCCAUGAGACAACCGCAUUGCUCCUGACAUGGACAAUGAUGCUCCUCGCCGAUAACCCCACAUGGCAGGAAAAAGUCCGUGAUGAGGUCAGAGAAGUCUGUGGCUGCGACGGCCUUCCGUCAGUUGAUCAACUAUCCAAGCUUACAUCGCUAAACAAAGUGAUAAACGAGUCAUUAAGACUUUACCCUCCAGCUACUCUUUUACCAAGGAUGGCAUUUGAAGACAUACAACUAGGUGAUCUUACAAUUCCCAAAGGUUUAUCCAUAUGGAUACCUGUCCUAGCGAUCCAUCAUAGUGAAGAGUUAUGGGGUAAAGACGCAAAUGAAUUCAAUCCCGAACGUUUUGGAGGCAAACCAUUCGCGCCUGGUCGUCAUUUCAUUCCAUUUGCGGCAGGUCCUCGAAACUGCAUAGGACAAUCAUUUGCGAUGAUGGAAGCAAAGAUAAUAUUAGCAACGCUAAUUUCGAAGUUUAACUUCACGGUAUCGAAGAACUAUAGACAUGCCCCGGUCGUUGUGCUUACUAUAAAACCUAAGUAUGGAGUUCAAGUGAUAUUGAAGCCAUUGGAUUCAUGA